CCAGUUGUGCAACUGGACCUGGCGCUCUUGCACAAAGCCCUGGGGUUUUGUCUGCUGCAACAGAUCCCAGAACUGCAGACUAGGUAUAGUCAGUAAAGUGCCUGAAAAAAGCAUCAUGAGAUGUAAGACUGUGUUCUUCAGAUUAUUUCCUUAAUAAAUUUGCUAAGUUAGAAUUACUUCUUUUGGAAUAUAAUUGUGUUCUUGCCCCUCUCAUGUUCAGUCUCGUCUGCAGAGAUUGCAAAUUAUGUUGAUGUUAGUUUAGAAAUUAGCAUGCUCUUUUGCCCAGUGGGGCUUUUCUGUAAAACGGUUAGGUAUGAUGGAAAGCAGUACUCUCUGACUCUCAAAAAACCCCUGAAAAAACUAGUGCUAUUAUAUAUAGCAACAUUUCUCACCUUGACUGCUUUUCAAACAUGUAAAAUAAAUGUCUUUUAUAAUAUACAAGGGUUUUCUUUGGAUUUAUUUGCCAAGAUUUCAAAUGCGAGGAAGAGGUAUACGUGGUAACCCUUUUCCAAGUCAUGGAUAGGAAUUGAUGCUGUGUCAGUUGGUUUUAGUAUCGGUGAUUACAAGAAGAAUGUAAUUCUGUUUGCUUUUUUUUGCUGAGCAAGGAAUGUAUCCCAUCUCUGGCUUUUCUCGCUUUGAUGUGUUCGUGACAUCUACAGCUAUUUAAGAGGAGCACAGGAACUUGGAUGAGAGUCCCCACAUGUGAAACAAUUUCAUAAACCAAGUGCUGGAAAUGUUUGAUCAUGCAUAUACCAAUUAUAUGGAACAUGCGUAUCCAGCUGAUGAACUCAUGCCUUUAACUUGUCGUGGACGAGUACGGGGUCAGGAACCGAGUCGAGGAGAUGUAGAUGAUGCCUUGGGAAAGUUUUCGCUGACCUUGAUUGAUACCUUGGACACUCUCGUGGUGUUAAAUAAAACCAAAGAGUUCGAAGAGGCUGUAAAAAAAGUAAUAAAAGAUGUUAAUUUAGAUAACGACAUAGUUGUAUCAGUCUUUGAAACCAACAUAAGAGUCCUUGGAGGUCUCCUGGGUGGGCAUUCCGUGGCAAUUAUGCUGAAGGAGAAAGGUGAAUAUAUGCAGUGGUACAGUGGCGAACUUCUGCACAUGGCAAAGGAGCUAGGCUACAAGCUUUUACCUGCUUUUAACACCACUAGUGGUCUCCCUUAUCCAAGAGUAAACUUGAAAUUUGGUGUAAGACAUCCGGAAGCGCGAACAGGAACGGAAACAGAUACCUGCACAGCGUGUGCAGGUACCUUGAUCCUUGAGUUUGCAGCUUUAAGCCGCUUCACAGGAACAUCUAUAUUUGAGGAAUAUGCACGGAAAGCGCUUGAUUUUAUUUGGGAAAAGAGACAACGCAGUAGCAAUUUGGUGGGCGUUACUAUUAAUAUUCACACUGGAGAUUGGGUCCGCAAAGAUAGCGGCGUUGGAGCAGGGAUAGAUUCAUAUUAUGAAUAUUUAUUAAAAGCCUAUGUCUUGCUGGGAGAUGACAGUUUCCUGGAAAGAUUUAACACGCACUACGAUGCCAUAAUGAGAUACAUUAGCCAGCCACCUCUUCUUCUUGAUGUUCAUAUUCACAAACCUAUGCUAAAUGCUCGGACCUGGAUGGAUUCUUUGCUAGCUUUCUUCCCAGGGUUGCAGGUGUUGAAGGGUGACAUUAGACCUGCUAUAGAAACUCAUGAGAUGCUGUAUCAGGUUAUAAAAAAGCAUAACUUUCUUCCUGAGGCUUUCACAACAGAUUUUAGAGUUCACUGGGCUCAGCAUCCUUUAAGGCCUGAAUUUGCAGAAAGCACUUACUUCUUGUAUAAAGCUACUGGGGACCCUUACUAUCUGGAAGUAGGAAAAACUCUCAUUGAAAACUUAAACAAGUAUGCGAGAGUACCUUGUGGGUUUGCUGCAAUGAAGGAUGUUCGUACUGGAAGUCAUGAAGACAGAAUGGAUUCUUUCUUUCUGGCUGAGAUGUUCAAGUACCUUUACCUGCUCUUUGCUGAUAAGGAGGACAUGAUUUUUGACAUAGAAGAUUAUAUCUUCACUACAGAAGCUCAUCUGUUACCACUUUGGCUUUCCACUACAAACCAAACCAUAUCUAAAAAAAAUACAACUACAGAAUACACAGAGCUGGAUGACAGCAACUUCGAUUGGACCUGUCCGAACACCCAGAUUCUUUUCCCAAAUGACCCUAUGUUUGCUCAGAGUAUUCGUGAGCCUUUGAAAAAUGUGGUGGAUAAAAGUUGUCCUCGGGGUAUUUCCAGAGCAGAAGAGAGCUUGGGAAGUGGACCAAAACCACCACUGAGAGCCAGAGAUUUCAUGGCCAGUAAUCCUGAGCAUUUGGAGAUAUUGAAGAAGAUGGGAGUCAGUUUGAUUCAUCUCAAAGAUGGAAGAGUGCAAUUAGUGCAGCAUGCAGUGCAAGCAGCAAGUUCACUCGAUGCUGAAGAUGGCUUACGAUUCAUGCAGGAAAUGAUUGAACUAUCCAGUCAGCAACAGAAAGAGCAACAGCUACCUCCUCGCGCUGUUCAAAUUGUUUCCCAUCCGUUCUUCGGCAGGGUGGUCUUGACUGCUGGGCCAGCGCAAUUUGGAAUGGACUUGUCCAAACACAAAGCCGGGACAAGAGGAUUUGUUGCAACCAUUAAGCCAUAUAACGGAUGCUCAGAGAUCACUAAUCCUGAGGCAGUGAAAGAGAAAAUUGCUCUGAUGCAGAGAGGCCAGUGUAUGUUUGCUGAAAAGGCACGAAACAUUCAAAAAGCUGGAGCAAUAGGAGGCAUUGUUAUUGAUGACAAUGAGGGAAGCAGCAGUGACACUGCUCCUCUCUUCCAAAUGGCUGGUGAUGGAAAGAAUACAGAUGAUAUCACAAUUCCCAUGCUCUUCCUGUUCAACAAGGAAGGAAAUAUUAUACUGGAUGCAAUCCGGGAAUACGAGGCUGUAGAGGUGCUCCUUUCUGAUAAAGCAAAAGAUAGAGACUUGGAAAUGGACAAUAUGGACCAGAAAUCAUCUGAAAAUGAUUCACAUAAGCAGAGUUCAGAAGAGACUACUUCAGCAUCUCAAGAUGUUGGCUUGGCCGGUGAGGAGCCUGAAGGAGAAGAAAACUCUGAUGUUACUCAGCCUGAUCCUUUAUCUCCUGCUCACACAGACAGUGACGGUGUUUCCGUUUCAAAUCAGGAUUCCUACAUCCCUGACAACGAGGCUAGUACUCAAGAACCAGAAUGCGCACAGGCGGAUAACCAGCCUCAGGAACAAAAGACUGAGACAGAGUCAGACUCCAAAGCUAACUGGGAUAAUAAAGUCCAACCUAUGGAAUCCAUAUUAGCAGACUGGAAUGAAGAUAUAGAAGCAUUUGAAAUGAUGGAAAAAGAUGAACUAUGACUUGUAAUAAUAACUUAUUUGUUAGUAAACAAAUGGAGAACUCUUUGGGUAGAAGAGGCUCUGAUAUCAGAGAACUAGGAAACAUAUUCAGUAUUGUGAUGAGCAACCAGGUUUCACCUGGAAAAUACCAUAGAAAUCCAGCACGUGCUCUUUGUAUUGUUUUAAUUUUUCCUGUUUAAAAAUGGGAAUGUGCAAUCGAAGCAUUUGUAUGGCUCCAUUGCAUGGUGCUGUAACCCAGGAGGCUCGUUCAGCAAACGAGCCCGACUUCUGCGUUCCAGGCUCUGAGAGGCCAAAUUCCUGUGGCUUCUGGGAGGCAAAAGUUGAACGCGGUGGCGUUAACAUACCACUUAAUGGUUAUCGAUGAGGGCACUCGAAGGCAGUAGGUCAGUCACUUGUUUUUGGUGUAGUGAAGGUGCGGCUUCACUGAUCUGUACUGAAUCGAAAGCCUUCACGGAUAGCAACAGGUGAAAUCAUAUGUUUCCAGUUGUAGUGUCUCUGAGACGCAGCUAGAAGCAAUUUGAUUUUGUUCUGACAUAUCAUAGCGAGACACAGUAAUGUUGCUCAUCACUCCUAUCUGUUACCCUGAGGAACGACUAAGGUGACUUGGAGUUUUUCCCCUUCCGCUCUAAUUUCGAAUCGAGAUGCUAUAUAAACCAAAGGCGGCGUGUACUUUGUUAGCAAGCUCCAUCCAUCAGGGAAACAGAAAGCCGUGCUAAUUUGGGCUCGACCAGGUAAAGGCUCACAGCCUGUUGUGAAAAUUGUGCUCGAGGUUAAGGUAAAGGGGACAAGACGAAUGUUCGGUACAGGUAUUUCCUUUGGCCUUCCAGGUUGAAAAACUCAGUCUACCGUAAGAUACAGAAUUCAGAACUGGUAGCGUUCUCUGAAAGGAGACUAAACAGAAUUAGAUCAGAAUUAACAAAACCUUCUUUUUCUACAAGUUCUAACAGCUUGACUUUGUUGUCAUUUUUAUAUGCAACUUCUAUACAUGUGAUGAUUAAGGUGAUGAGGCCAGUACCAGUAGUGAAGUGCAACGAUUUUGGCUGUUGAUUCCAUAGUUCAAAGUCGAGUGGUGUGAAUUCAAGGAAUGAUACGUUACUCUGGGCUUCGGGAGUUUGUUACAGGCAAGUGUGAGUCCUAAUUUGCUAUCCCUUUUAUGAAAAACAUUAUUUAAAUUAAAACGGGGAUGUUUAAACAACUGAGAAACGUUUUGACUGUGUCCAAAGAAACUGCCAAAAACUAACAAACUUGAUUUGUAUAAACUGCUUUUAGUGAAUUAUGAUUCAAAGGAUUGUUUUAUAUUAAGAAUAAGUUAACACUGCCUAUAUGCUGCACCAAGCUAAAAAUGAAGGUUUAUGUUAAUCUCUACAGUGGGGGGGGGGGGGGAAAAAAACCCCAAUCUGAAGCGCACCUUUAAUGUAGCUGGUGAAACAACGCGUGCUGAAUAUGCAACCGUUUAAUUAGUACAGCCAUACUGUAUGUAUCUAUGUAUAUUGGUGUACAGUAUGAAUGGAGAAAACCCAGGCAAAUGUUGUAUACAUGUAUACUUAAUGACACUUGCUUUCAAGAGUAUCAAAAUGCACAGGCACCUUUUGAGAGCAUGACAGUCAAUCAGAAUAUUAUACAUCAAUUGAAUGAUAACUUCAGAUCCUUAGAGUAGGAGGUGAUUUUGAGGAGGAAAUGAGGCAGUAGUGGAAUAGUGAAUAAGUGUCCUUUUAAAAUGAAUUAGCUUUUAAAUGUAGUUAUGAUUCCUUUGCACAAAUAACUGUAUGGAGGGUUGAGCUGAAUGAGUAGAGUUGAAAGCAGAGCUUUUUCAGUUGAGAGGGUUUUUUAUUUUAUAUAUAAAUUUUUAUAUGUAUAAUGUCUUAUAUAUAUAAAAAUAUAUAUAUUUGUUUUAUGUGGGGGUUAUUCAUGUAAGGAGUUUGAUCACGGGAGCCUCCUAAGUGUCCUUAGUUACUUGGAGCCCUGAUCCGCAGUUGCGGGCCGCGCUGGAGCCCCGCUCGCGCCCGGGGACGCGGCCAAGCGCCGGCACCGGCAGGAUCCGACCCUGAGCUGGUGCCGGUCGGCGGUUUUCCCUGGGGCGGUUCCCUACGUCCGCCAGGGCUUAGUGCCACAAGGGAGCUUUCCAGUCCGUACGCUCUUGGACACGGGCUGCAUCUUCCGAUUUGUUGGGUCUUGGGGGGGCAAUAGAAUUUCUUCAGGGGUAGAGAUCCUCCGGUCUAUAUGUUAAGACCGUCAAUAUAACAACUAAAGCUUUUUUAUUUUUAAUCUUCAGAAAAUUUGUGUUUAGAGCUAAAACUCUUUAAAAAGCUUAGCUUUCCCUGCCACCACAAACUCAUUUUUUCCUAACUACUUUGCGUCCACACCUGUUGGUAAAGCGGUAGACAUUUUCUCUCCUCUUAAGGGAUUUUUUAACAAUCCCAGAACUCAGUGUGGAUUUUGAAGCAUUGGUUUGGCGGUGGCCUACCUCAGAUAAACAUUGCCUCAGAUAAACGUCGUCGUUCUUGUUUUUUGGUUUUUUUCUUUUGUUUUGUUUUUUUUUAAGAUUGUUUUACUUUUCCUUUUGAAAUGAUCAUGAGAGCCAUAGCCAUGUUUGACGAGUGGGGUUUACACUUUGUUUACAGAACCGAAUCAGGUAAAGUUGACCUUUGGGGAAAGAAAAAUAAAUUAGGGGGACAGUUUUAUUCAGGGGUUUGGGGGGUGGUUUUUUUUUCUUUUUCACUUUGUAAUUCUUUAUAAGGAAAUAGGUUUUAGAUAACCUUUUCAUAUCAUUCUGAAAAGGAAACUUCUGUCAUCUUAAAAAGCGAAAAGAAUGUAUUAAUCCUAACUUUUUGGAGAGGGGAGUAAGUGACCUUGACCAAUUCUUACGAGUCUGCUCCGGGGGAGUCUUACUCCUGCAUCCUUCGGUAAUCGCCUCUUUAGCUGUGCGUAUUGUAUGGACACUGAAGAAUUCAGGGAUUGCGCGAUAGGGAGCUAGCACUUAUUCCAUGCCGUGUAAUUCAGAUUAGCCAAUUGCUUUCUCAUCUGAUGUUAGAGGGAUAUUCUCAAUUGUUUACAUUUAUUGUUUCUUCAUGAAGUUUUAAAAUGAGCCCGGCUUUGUUCCUCUCCUCCUGCCGAUGUACCUGAAGGCGUAGUGUUAGUCCUGAGCAAGCGUACGUUGGGAAGUUAAAACGGGACAUCUUACGCAAAAGGCGUCAGUCAGAACAUAGAAAAAAUAACAUUCUGUGAAUGAAAUAUUGUAUGUUCAGAUUUUAUAAGAUUUUUUUUUAAGCCAGCCCAAUUUACAGCCGUAUAUUUUCUUAUGAAAGAUGUCUAAUAACAGGUGCUGUAACACUAUCGUUGGGUUUUACUGUCUGGUGGUAAGUGUAUACAAUAUUUCUGAGGGCAACUAUGUACUGUGAUGUAAAAGUCUGGGCUAAAAUGUAUAUAAUCUGUGUACAUAAUUGUGUACUUGAUUAUAAUUGAUUGUAAAGAUUUAAUAAAAUGUAAAUAUUCUGGUCAA